AUGUUCGCCCAUCUUCUGUACGAGGUCACAUUGGGCGGUGUGAAUCACUCGAUACCCGGGAACGGCGGACUCGAUUGUUUGAAUGUAAGUCCCGAGUUUGUUUGUUCAAUUUGGCCACUCAAGUCGGCCAAAUUCCCGACCCAAAAUAUUCGAUUUCAGUGAGUCUAAGCUUCUCUAAGCCUAUUAUUUAUCGAAUGACAUUAUUUUCGAACAUUCUUACACAAUUGUGUUAACACUUGAAUUCCCAACCAUUACGACGUUAUUUUCAGUACAUUCCAUUAUGGCAGCGGGUGUUGGAAACGAUUAUUUUUGUGCCGCUUGGGUUUUAUGGGUUAUACAGUUGUUAUCCGUAUUUGGAAUACCCUGAGGAGAAGACUUGCAAGAGGAAAAUGUCAUCUGAGGCCAAGGCCAUGUUGGCCCACAAGUUGCCCCUGAAUAAUGUGGGAGAAGUUCUGGAACGAGUGCAUCCCCCUCCUCGGGAGAUCAUCAAACAAUAUGUUUUCAACGUUUAUCUCGCUGUAUUUCUCGUCGAACUUCUUUACAAGAUCUACACAAAGUGAGGUUUCAAUUCGUAUUCUAGAUUUAAGACAUCCUGAUAUUGAACAUGACUUACCGAUUUCUGUUCUAGAACCGGUAUCUUUUUCCUCAAUCCCUGUCACAUAACUACGUCCUUGCAACUACUGCUACUCAAAAUGCCUGAGAAUCAUCCACUUACAACCCAAUUAUUUCGCUUAAACAUGUACACAAUGCCGGGGGCAUUAAUCGCGUUGGCCUUUCCCAUACUUAAUACUCGACAAGUAAGUUCAGUUAGUCCCGCCAACAGCUUUUCAGAUGAUCGGCGAGGUAUUUAUCUAUUUCCUUCAACACACUUUGAUCGUCCUUGUUCCGUUGUACUUAAUUUAUUUAGGAGGUAAGUGCAAAAGUUACGUUACAGUAUCUCCAUUUAGGCGCCUUUCUCCCAGAAAGUGGCUCAAACUAUGCCUGGCCGAUCUUCAGUAUGUCGUUGAUCUUACUGUACCAUUUCUUGGUCCUUCAGCCCAUUUCUUUCAUGACUCAUGUUAAUCUUAAUUGCAUUUUGUGUCCUGGAGUCAGUGAUCCGUUUGCCGGUCGAUUAUAUCGACUUUUCGCAGUGGGUCAUCAGUUCCUAGUCGUUCCUAUAGUAACUAAACUGUAUGCAUUCUCCUCCUUCUACUUGGUUUCUGUGGCAGAGAUUUGUGUUGGCCCGAAAGUCGAGAAUCUGGCGAAGACUGAGUAA